AUGAUUGAAGAAAAGAAUAGUAUAUAAGAUCAUGAAGUGAUAAAAAUGCUUAAAAAUAAAAAAUUAUUGAAUGAGUAAGAUGUUACUACAAAGCUAGAUGUGCUAAGCUCAAAUUUAUCUAAAGAUUUAGAUGCUAUUUCUGUAUGGGAUGAAAUGAAAUAUGUUGAUAUAUAACCUCACAUAAAUUAAAUAAUGUAGUAUUCAAAUUCCUAUAAGACUAAAAUCUUGAGUCUUUCAGUUUUGAAAUCUUAGAUAAAAUUAAAUUGGAUCAAUUUAUCAAAUGAAGAUGUUACUGAAAAUACUAAGUAAAUAACUUAAAUGUUGGAGUUAGAAAUUUAAAGGUAUAAAGGUGAAUUAGACUAAGAGAAGGAAGAUAUUAUUAAAGCUUUUUCUGCUGUUUUAUUAGAAAUCGCUAAAUUAGGGAAUUAAUUGCAUAAUUUCAUGCCAUAGAUGCUUCGAAAAUCAUUGGAAAAUUAAAUAUUUUGUGAAUCUUUCAUGAAAUUCCUGGUUUACUUGAUAGAAGAUAUGGAAAGUAAGGAGCAGUUGAUUUAAUAGCCAGCUGAUUUUUUAACAUAAGAAAUAUUUAAUUUAAAAGAGAGUAUUUUACAUUUAGCUUUUUAUGUUUUAGACAAAUAUGCUGAAAACAAAGAUUAAGUCAAAAAAGACUUAUGUUAAACAGCUUUAGAGAUUAUUUAUUAUUAUUGUACUUUGACAAAAUCAGCUUUCUCUACAGAGAGAUGCAACUUCUUCUUAGGAUUGUUGAAAGAACCUGUUUUCAGAGAUUUAGUUUUGAACUGCUUAGAAGUUUUUUUUAAGGAGCCUUCUAAUGUUAAAAAAUAUAGUAUCUUAGAGGAAAUAAUUAAAGAAAUAUAAAAUCAAAUUCCAUUUGAUAUAGAUGUUUUAAGAGAAUAAAGCAUUAUUCAAAAGGAGCAUCCAGAUUAAGAACAAAAUUUUUUAAAAAUGUGUGUAUCAGCUAAUUAAAUGCUUCUCGCAUAUGCGAUAAAUGCUGUCACAAUUCCUGCAUUGAAUAUUGUAGAUUAUUUCAACUCUGAUAAAUAAUUUAGAAAUAUAUUUGGUAGUUAUCUUAACUAUAUUGAAAAGUUUACUCCAGUUGAAUGCUUAUAACUAUAAAAUAUCGAUUUUUGGAUUCAGUUCUUAGGGUAAAUUAAAGAUACUACCUAUGAUAAGAGUGAAAUUUUAGCAUAUUUUAAUGAAACUCUUAUAGAUCUAGCUUACCAUUUAAUUUCUUAUUUCAGUAGACCAGACUCCUGUCGUAUUGAGAUCAAUGAAAAGGGAGAAGCUUCAGCAGAGUUUUAAAUAUCAAAUGAUGAAACUUUGUAUAAUUAAAAAAGGACUCUUUUGCAUUUAAUAAUUAACUUAAAAUAUGACCAAUUCCAUGAAAUUUGUAUUCAAAAAUUUGAAAAGAUGAUUGAUGGAUCAGAAUGGAAUCUAGUAAACAUAGAGAGCUUUUAAUAUGCUUUGGGCGCAGUAAUUGGAGGCCUAGAUCCAGUAAAAGAAAAGCAAUUUUGUAUUUCAACAAUUAAAAGUUAUUUAAAUUUGAUAGAAACCAGAAGGAAUAAGAUAGCUAAGACUAUGUUGGUCAAUAGUUUAUUUUAUGUGACAAGCAAAUUUGAAAUUUUUUUAAAAAACCAUUACAAUGUUCUAGAAUCGUUGGUAUAAAAAAUAAUCGAUUUUAUCUAAGAUGAUUCAAAGUGUAUUUAAGAUGUUGCAGUUUAUUACUUUAAUAUCUUCUGUGAAAUAUUUUAUGUCUUUUUUACUACUGAAAUGAAAAAUGGUGAAAUCAAAUUUAAAUCUUUAGUUAACAAGUCAAAGUUUAUAACUAAAUCAUUAAGUUUAAUUGGUAAAUCCAAAUUCUACAAUUCUUUGAUUUUUGUUGUAAAAAAAUGUGAUGAGAGAGAAAAAUAAGAAGCCCUCUUUAAUGCUCUAAUUCAUCCUAUACUUAAAGAUGCAGAAAAAUACAUUUAAGAUCAUGAAUAAAUAUUAGUCAGAUCAAAUUAUCUAGAUAUUAGGCUCAUAUUUGAAAUUCUUGCAGAAGCAUCUUGCUAGUUGAGUGAUUUGUUUUUCUUAUAAAUGAAAUUUGAUGAUGUUAGCAAAAUCAAAACAUUUUUAGAUUCUAAGAUUUAGCAAACUUAGAAAAAAUAAAAGUUAGAUGAUGAAACAAUCUCACUUCUAGUAUCUCUAAGAGAGCCAAUAGUUGCUAUAGUUGGAAACUGUUUAUAAUUUCUACAAAAAAAAGAUAAUAUGUUGACUGAGUAAUAGGAAUCAUCUGCAGCUGAGUUAGUAUAAGUUGCCAAAAAUAUAAUUAAAGAGUUCUAAAAUCUUGACGAUGCAUACAAAGAUCAUACAACAAUUUAUGUAAUUUAACAGUGUAUAUAAAUAUCAAAAAAAGAAGACGAUAUUUCACAACUUACAUAAAUAUUCUUUAGUUCCUGUGAGAGAAUAUUAUCAAAGGAGUAAAAUAAUCCUUUAUACAAAAAUCACAUCAUGAAAAGCUAUCAACUUGUUAAAAUGCUUUCAAAAAAUUAUCCUUUGAUCAUAGCAAAUCAAAUUAUUAAUCAAAUAAAUACAAAUUCGUUAUAAUUAAUGAAUUUUAUUAUUUGCGGAAUAAAUAAUACAGAAACUGACAUUUAUCUUUUGAGCUUAGAAUCUCUAAAUGAAAUAGUCUAAGAAAUGAAUAAAAAUAACGAGAAGGUUAAAACAUUUUACUAAAAGCACCUAUAUGAUGUAUUGAAAUGCGUCUUUUAAGCAGCUGUUGAUGGAUAUCAUAAUAAAGGCAUCAAACUAAUAAUUGAAAUUUUAACUAAUGUUUUUUCAAUUCUUCAAAAAAUUAAACCUUCUUAGAGCUAGAAAAAUAUGAACAAGAAGCAGAAAGAAAAUAUUAUUGCAAGUUAUAUCUUGUAAAAAAUUUCUGAAGUAAUCAGAUAAAAAGAAAUUAUUGCAUUUAUAGAAAACAAAAAGCUAAUUGAAGAUUUGCUAAACUCUUGGGAUAAAGAUUUUAAACAAGUGUUUAUGUCAUUCCUAGAUGUAGUCAAUUGCAGUUGA